GCCCAGACUGUUCCCUGGUGGAGAUGGGUAGACACCUUGAUAUUGCGACAGGGCACCCCAUUGGACUCUGCGUCGUGAAGUGCAUUGUAAACUCUGGGACUGCCGUUCUUGGUACAUUAUUUUGCGGCUAGAUGCAUGCGGCGGCCAAGUUAUGUACGCAGAAGCAGCCCUGUCAAAGGUCGAUCCCACAUGCUUCAGGCUUGCAAUACCUUCUUGCAUGAUGGCGUUCAGUAGGAUGGGGGUGUCAACGGCAAUCUCCAUGUCUUUUCGAAGCGGUCAUCUAGGGAGGCCUCGCAUGUCUUAAGGGUUCCCGAGUGCACUCACAUGCUUUCCGUCCCUGCGUGCUCAUCUUUUCUUUUACGUACAACCGCGCCGCAGUUGGUGAAGCGAGACGAAUUUACGCGAAACUCAUCUGCCGUUGUUGCAUUUCCGUCAAUCCUUACACAGAGCCGCAAUGGUGGCUCAACCAACAACGAUCCGCAUUGCGGACGAUGUUAACGAGCCAGUCAAACCCGAAACAUCUGCCAGGGCUGGCGGCAUUUACGAUGUGCGAAGCCUCCCAAGGGUGGGCACAGCCCCCGGUAGACGUAGCUCGUCUCGUCACUCAACCGAUAGACGCAGUGAACACGCCGGGGAUGUAGAGGAUGGCGAAUGGCAGCCAGAUACUGUUGGUCGUGAGAAGCAAAUCUUCAAGGGAACAACCUUACUUUGGUUGGCUUACCAGUCCACCGGUGUCAUCUAUGGCGACAUUGGAACCAGUCCCCUCUACGUCUAUUCGUCCACAUUCCUCGAUGUUCCGACGUAUAAUGAUGUGCUCCAAGUACUGUCACUGAUCAUAUGGUCAUUGACGAUUAUGGUCACUCUGAAAUAUGUAGUUAUCGUACUACAUGCGGACAAUGAUGGUGAGGGAGGGACGUUCAGUUGUUACUCGUUGCUGACUAGAUAUGCCAACAUCACUCAACGCGAUCCUCGAGAAGCACUACUUGUAAGAAUGGAGCGAGUCAAGACACAAGACCUUCAUCAUUCGAGUAAAAAGAUCCGAUCGGGAAUGGAAAAGAGCAAGUUUGUCCGAAACUUACUGAAAGUCAUUGGUGUCCUGGCUGUUUCUAUGGUCAUGGCCGACGGAGUCCUCACUCCAGCUCAGUCUGUUCUAGGCGCGGUGCAAGGCCUUAAUGUCGUCAGCCCGGAUAUCUCCCAGUCGACUGUUGUCGGUACAACUUGCGGUAUCCUCGUCCUUCUAUUCCUCCUUCAGCCUCUUGGGACUUCCAAACUGGCUAAUUGCUUUGCCCCUAUUGUUAUCUUGUGGCUUGGUUUCAAUGCCGGUUUUGGUAUCUACAACCUCAUCAUGUUUGAUCAUUCCGUCUUGAAGGCAUUCUCACCAUAUUUCGCAAUUGAAUUCUUUAGAGAGAAAGGAACUGAAGGAUGGAGAAUGCUAGGCGGUGUUCUGCUUGCGUUUACUGGUGUCGAAGCACUUUUCGCAGACCUAGGAGCUUUCUCUCUUCGCGCUAUCCAGCUCAGUUGGUUGUGCUACUGCUAUCCGGCUCUUCUUCUUGCGUAUAUUGGACAAGCCGCAUACCUCAGUGUUCAUCCAGAGGCCUAUUCCAAUCCAUUCUACAACUCGGUACCACCAGGCAUGCUUUACCCUAGCCUCGUCCUCGCCAUACUUGCAGCGAUUGUGGCAUCGCAAGCAAUCAUUACGGCGACUUUCCAGCUCACAUCUCAAAUCAUGAAGCUGUCUUAUUGUCCGCAAGUCAAGAUAGUCCACACUUCGAAAACAUUUCAUGGCCAGCUUUACGUCCCCUUUCUGAACUGGAUUCUGAUGGCCUUGACAAUUCUUGUCACUGGUGUCUAUUCCAAUACCACGCGGUUAGGUAAUGCAUACGGUGUGUGUGUCAUGUUUGUGACUUUCUUUGACACCUGCAUGGUCACACUUGUUGCUCUUAUCGUGUGGAAGUAUUCUGGAUACGUGGUUUUUCUGCCCUGGCUCUUCUUCGCGACUUUCGACGGCCUUUACAUUUCCUCUGCUCUAGUCAAGGUGCCAGACGGCGCUUGGUUCACUCUUCUUAUCGCCAGCAUCCUAGCCGGCAUGUUUCUACUAUGGCGGUUUGGAAAGGAGAGCCAGUGGCAUGCCGAGGCCGAAGAUAGGUUCAGACCUUCAACACUGGUAACUAAAGACGAGAAUGGCAUUCUGUCUUUGACUGAUCGCUGGGGCGGCGGGGUUCUCAGCAGAAUCAAGGGCAUGGGGAUCUACUUCGAUAAGACGGGUGUUUUAACACCUACCGUUUUCACCCAGUUUGUUUCCAAGUUUGGUGCACUCCCGGAUGCAAUCAUCUUCUUUCAUCUUCACCCAGUCGAAGCACCCACUGUGCCUGAUAAUGAGCGCUACUCUGUGUCUCGACUUGGAUCAAUCCCCGGGUGUUACAGACUUGUAGUAAGUCACGGAUACAUGGACGAAGUGAUCUCGCCAGAUUUGGCUCUCCUGGUCUAUGAACAAGUUCGCAAGUUCAUUAUGCGCCAAGCUGCUGGUGAAGUUCUUCCUGAAGAGACCGAGAUUCAAGAAGACUCUGCUACCUCUACUAGCAUCGAACAAGUCGACAGUCAUGCUAUCAAAUCGGCCUCUAAUAGCAAAGGCGACACGGGCGAAAAAGAGAAAGGGAGACGCCACGAACCCGCCGAGCUCCGAGACGAUGUUGUCAAAGAGGAGCUCGCGCAUCUCGACCGUGCUUUUGCUAGUAAGGUCAUGUAUGUGAUUGGCAAGGAGCAGAUGCGCAUCAAGACGUCGACCCGCAUCUUUAGACGAAUACUUCUCGCAACUUUCUUAUGGAUAAGAGAAAAUACUAGGGCCAAGAUUGCGAAUCUCCGCUUGUCGAUGGAUCGCGUUGUUGAGGUUGGCUUCGUGAAGGAGAUAUGAUUUUGAGGCAAAUAGGGGCGACGCUCAAUCAAUGUCAUAACUUUUCUGCUCCGCUUAACCCACUUCCUUGGCCAACGUCACGACAACCACUGGCGUCUCGAGAUGUUAUUUAACUAAGAAACCAUCUUCGGUUGAAGUGAGUUGAGAGGUCGUGUAUUGCCCUGAAAUCACCACAGUAAUGACUGUUUGGGGCUUGCUGCACGGACCGCCAAUUGACAAACCCGCGGGUGUACUUUGGGGUUGUCAAGGAUAAAGUAGCUCGCACUUAGAGUAUAGACAGC